CAUUCCCGGUGGGUGUGAGGGGGGGGGUAUCCCGCAGUGAGCGGCGGGGUCUGCACAUUAAUCGGUUGGUUGGAUUCAUCCCGGCUUUCAGGAGCAAUGGAAAAAUAUGAAAAGCUUGAAAAAAUUGGCGAGGGAUCCUACGGCGUGGUGUUCAAAAGCAGAAACAAGGAAACGGGACAAAUUGUCGCCAUCAAGAAAUUUGUAGAGUCCGAGGAUGAUCCGUUGAUCAAGAAAAUAGCCAUGAGAGAGAUCCGGAUGUUAAAGCAACUGAAGCAUAGCAACCUAGUGAAUCUUCUAGAAGUAUUCCGAAGAAAACGAAAACUGCAUUUGGUCUUUGAAUACUGUGAUCACACAGUACUAAAUGAACUGGAACGGUAUCCAAGAGGGUUACCUGAACCAAUGGUUAGAAACAUAAUGUGGCAAACACUUCAGGCUGUUAACUUUUGUCACAAACACAAUUGUAUUCAUAGGGAUGUCAAACCGGAAAACAUUCUAAUCACAAAACAAGGGAUUAUCAAACUAUGUGAUUUUGGAUUUGCUAGGAUGCUAACAGGCCCAGAAGACGACUACACAGAUUAUGUAGCAACUCGGUGGUACCGAGCCCCUGAAUUGCUGGUUGGUGACAACCAGUAUGGUGCUGCAGUAGAUAUCUGGGCCAUAGGAUGCAUCUUUGCAGAGCUGCUGUCUGGACAGGCCUUAUGGCCUGGAAAAUCAGAUGUGGACCAACUCUAUCUGAUUAUAAGAACUCUAGACAAACUUAUUCCAAGACAUGAACAUAUAUUCCUGAACAAUCAAUUUUUCCAGGGGGUUAGCAUACCUGAACCUGAUCCUGAGGAUAUGGAACCUUUGGAGGAGAAGUUUCCAAACAUAAACCCUCAUGCUCUGACCUUUAUGAAGAGCUGUUUGAGGAUGGAUCCAGAGAACAGAUGCACAUGUGAGGAACUGCUUGAAAAUCCUUACUUUGAUUUGUAUCGAGAUGAGAAUGAAAAAUCGAAGCAACGACAGGAUGGCCGAAAUCGAAGAAAACAGCAGAAUCAGCUUUUGCCUCAGUUGCCUGGCAAUAAUGUGUCUCCUGCACCAGAUUCCAAAAAGCAAAUUCGUCAGCAACGAUUUGAUCACCUACCCACGAUCUAAAGAUUUUAACUGAAUCUAAACAUUAGCCUGAAGCAGCAAUUUCUGGACAUAGUGUAUUCAAUAACGAUUCGGUAUAUAAUUGAAAUAUUGAC